CAGAGUUUCUCAGCCUAGGCACCUUGCAGGACUUUAGAGAUCAGGCUCCUUUGGGGACCCUGCGCGCAGGUAGCCAGCAGUUGGCGCCACUGACCUUGCUUUCUCCCACAGGUGCACUCUCAGGUGAGGAACACCUGUACCAGGUGGUGUCCCAGGUGGGAUCAAUGAAGCGCAGCCUGAGGAAGAUGCUGCAUGCUGGGGAGAAGAAGCCGCCGCCGGUUGUUGGCUACCAUGGCGUGGAGAACGGCGUGGACGACUGCAAAAACUUUGAGGUGGUGUUUGGAGGAGAUGCAUGUGGAUUCCAAAAGUUUAUCAAGAACCGAAGAAAAUUAAGCAAACAGGAUGAGAAUGACUACCCCCUGCAUCACGCAGCAGCAGAAGGGCGAGUGGAGCUGAUGGAGAUGAUCAUCAGUGACUCCUCUUUUGAAGCGGUGAAUAUGAUGGAUGAUUAUGGAAACACACCUCUGCAUUGGGCCACAGAAAAAAACAAAGUUGAAAGUAUUAAGUUUCUUCUCAGCAAAGGAGCAAACCCGAAUGUCCAAAACAACAACAUGAUGGCGCCUCUUCACGUAGCGGUGCAGAACAUGUACAACGAGGUGGUGAAGAUCUUGACUGACUACAGUGGAACAGAUAUUGAUUUGGAAGGAGAAAAUGGAAACACAGCUGUGAUAACCGCAUGCUCUAAAGAUAACAGUGAAGCAUUGGAGAUUCUGUUAAAAAAGGGUGCAAGGAUAUGCAAAGCAAACAAAUGGAAAUGUUUCCCUGUUCACCACGCUGCAUUUUCAGGUGCUAAAAAAUGCUUGGAAUUAUUACUGGAGUAUGGUGAAAAACUUGGAUAUCGCAGAGAGUAUCAGAUAAACUUUGUGAACACUCGAAAUGCCAGCCCGCUCCAUUUUGCAGUUCAGAGUGGUGAUUUGGAAAUGAUUAAAUUGUGCCUGGACAAUGGUGCGCGCAUAGACCAAAAAGAGAAUGCGAAGUGCACGGCCCUUCAUUUUGCUGCCAGCCAAGGAGCCACUGAGAUUGUUAAACUGAUGAUAUCAUCCUAUUCCGGUACCAGUGACAUUGUUAAUGCAGUCGAUGGCAAUCAUGAGACCCUACUUCAUAGAGCUUCAUUAUUUGAUCACUAUGAACUGGCAGAAUACUUAGUAUCAGUGGGAGCUGAUGUUAAUAUCACUGACGCUGAAGGACGCUCUCCGCUUAUGUCAGCAACUGCUUCUGCAUCUUGGAAUGUUGUAAACUUACUGCUUUCUAAAGGUGCUCAUGUACACAUAAAAGAUCAUCAUGGGCGUAACUUUUUACAUUUGACUGUGCAGCAACCUUAUGGAUUAAAAAAUUUGCAACCUGAAUUUAUGCAGAUGCAACAUAUUAAAGAGUUGGUGAUGGAUGAAGAUAAUGAUGGAUGUACUCCUCUACAUUAUGCCUGUAGACAGGGCGUCCCUGUCUCUGUAAAUAACCUACUGGGCUUCAAUGUGUCGAUUCAUUCCAAGAGCAAAGAUAAGAAAUCACCCCUGCACUUUGCAGCCAGUUACGGACGCAUCAAUACCUGUCAGAGACUGCUCCAAGGCAUCAGUGAUACGCGGCUUUUGAAUGAAGGUGAUCUUAAUGGGAUGACGCCUCUACAUCUGGCAGCGAAAAAUGGACACGAUAAAGUGGUUCAGCUUCUCUUGAAAAAAGGCGCAUUAUUUAUCAAUGACCACAAUGGCUGGACUGCUUUGCAUCAUGCUUCCUUGGGUGGCUACACUCAGACCAUGAAGGUCAUUCUUGACACUAACUUGAAGUGUACAGAUCGGCUAGAUGAAGAAGGGAACACAGCUCUUCACUUUGCUGCAAGGGAAGGCCAUGCCAAAGCCGUGGCACUUCUUCUGAAAUAUGAUGCCAGCAUAGUUCUGAACAAGCAGCAGGCCUCCUUUCUGCACGUGGCACUUCACAAUAAAAGGAAGGAGGUGGUUCUCAUGACCAUCAGAAACAAAAGAUGGGAUGAAUGUUUAAAGGUAUUUAGUCAUUAUUCUCCAACCAAUAGAUGUCCAAUCAUGGAAAUGGUAGAAUAUCUUCCUGAAUGCAUGAAAGUUCUUUUAGACUUCUGCAUUAUACCUUCCACAGGGGACAAAUCCUGCCGAGAUUAUCAUAUCGAAUAUAAUUUUAAAUAUCUUCACUGCCCAUUAGCAUUAACCAAGGAAAAGGCACCUGUGCAGGAUGUUACGUACGAGCCUCUUCCAAUCCUCAAUGUAAUGGUACAGCAUAACCGUAUAGAACUUCUCAAUCAUCCUGUGUGUAAAGAAUAUUUGCUUAUGAAAUGGUUUGCUUAUGGAUUUAGAGCCCAUAUGAUGAAUCUUGGAUCUUACUGCCUCGGUCUUAUACCCAUGACUAUGCUUGUUGUCAACAUACAGCCAGGAAUGGCUUUUAACUCAACCGGAAUCAUUAAUGAAACUAGUGAUCAUUCAGAAAUACUAGAUACCACGAACUCAUACCCAAUAAAAGUUUGUAUGAUUUUAGUUUUUUUAACAAGUAUAUUUGGAUACUGCAAAGAAGUGGCCCAAAUUUUCCAACAGAAAAAGAACUACUUUAUGGAUUAUGGUAAUGCAGUUGAAUGGAUUAUCUACACAACCAGCAUGAUUUUUGUGUUGCCCUUGUUCGUUAGCAUCCCAGCCUAUGCUCAGUGGCAGUGUGGAGCAAUUGCAAUAUUCUUAUAUUGGAUGAACUUCUUAAUGUAUCUUCAAAGAUUUGAGUAUUGUGGAAUUUUCAUUGUGAUGUUAGAGGUAAUUCUGAAGACUUUGUUGAGGUCUACAGUGGUGUUGCUCUUCCUCCUUUUGGCUUUUGGACUCAGUUUUUACGUCCUCCUGAGUACACAGGAUGCCUUCAAAACGCCAUUGCUUUCUAUAAUCCAGACCUUCAGCAUGACAUUAGGAGAUAUCAAUUAUCGAGAUGCCUUCCUUGAGCCCUAUUUGAGAAGUGAAUUGACAUAUCCAUCUCUGUCCUUUGCACAACUUAUUGCCUUCACAAUGUUAGUCCCAAUUGUCCUCAUGAAUUUACUUAUUGGUUUGGCAGUUGGUGACAUUGCUGAGGUCCAAAAACAUGCAUCACUGAAGAGAAUUGCCAUGCAGGUGGAACUUCACACCAGCUUAGAGAAAAAGCUACCAGUCUGGUUCCUACACAAAGUGGAUCAAGAAUCCACCAUCGUGUAUCCCAACAGACCCAGAUGUGAGGGCAUGUUUGCAUGUAUACUUCAAUAUAUUUUUUGCACUAAAGAAACCAGACAAGAAGUGCCAAAUACUGAUAAAUGUUUAGAAAUAGAAAUACUGAAGCAGAAAUACCGGCUAAAGGAUCUAACUUCUCUCUUGGAAAAACAGCACGAGCUCAUUAAGCUUAUCAUCCAGAAGAUGGAAAUUAUCUCUGAGACAGAGGAUGAAGAUAAUCAUUGUUCUUUUCAAGACAAGUUCAAGAGAGAGCAGUUGGAGCAAAUGAAUAGCAAAUGGAAUUCUGUGUUGAGAGCAGUAAAGACAAAAAUGCACAAUGCUUAGUGUUAGUUAUGCAGACUUGCCAUGGAACUUACAGGGAAAACUAGCUGGAUCUAGUUUUUAAGUUGGAAAGAGUGAAGCAGACAUAGAAAGUUGGUUGAUGUCACUACAUGGAAAAUCCUUGUUCCUGCAUUCUAGGUAGAUUGGAAAUUAUUCUUUCUUUUUCUCUCUCUUGCAUCAUGUUUUGGUACUUUCAUUAUGUGUUGUCAAUCAUUAUGUAUUGGUAACAUUAUGUGUUAUGUAUGUUAUGUAUGUAUUGGUAAUUUCUUUGUUGCUAUAUUCAAGUUCAAUUUUACAUUUAUAAAAGAUAAUUUCAGUAUUGUGAAUGCGUAGAAAACUAAAUUGCAAGAUCAUAUAUUUUAAUGAUAAGGAGUAAUAAGUGUAAAUCUUAAGCUAGAAUGCAAAUAUCAAUGCUGAAUUCCUGCUUGGUGACUGUAUAAUAUGUAAUGUCUUAGACAACAGUUCCAAAAAUCAUAUUUCCUUAUAGAAUGAUCUCAAUUCUUAGAUUGAGAACUCUCACGUGGAAAGAUUUCUGGUGUUAGUAUAAUCUAUUGAUGACACAGUAUGCCCUUUGUUUCUACUAAUAAACAAUUCUACACUUCUUGCCAGCUUCAGUAUACCUGAUACCGCAUUAAGUCAUGUAGCUAAAAUUCAAUAAGUAAACCUUAUGGGAUGCAUUCACUUUAUUCUAGAAAAUAUGCUAUUUCUGUC